AUGAUGAAUAGUAAUGAUAUAUAUGAAGACAAUGACGUUGACAGCCCAUGGUUUCAAAAUUUAAGUGCUCAAAUAGAAAAAAGUGAUUCUAAAGAAAAUGUUAGUAGAACAAGUUUAACUAUGUGUAGUUCUCCUAUUCUUCAAAAAACCAGAUUUGUUAAAGAAAGUUCACUUGAAAUAAUGCCUGAUUAUUUGAAAUCAUAUUACUAUCCAAGAAGUCCAAGUCCGAUGGUAAUAUUCGGUGAACUUAAUGAAGUUUAUCACAAUAAAUCUCCACAGCAUAAUACCAAUAGUGAUGUUGAUCACCAUUCAAUUCAAACAUCUGAUAAUGGAACUAUUCCAAUGAUGACAUAUGACCAUUAUUCAGGAAUGUAUUCAACGGGACUCAUAUCAAAUGUUACCUCUGAUGCUUAUAGAUUUCAACAGGAUGAUAUGGAAGGAAUUGAUAAUAAAAUCUCAUCAUCUGAAAUGGAAGAAUCAAAUCAUCAAGAAAAUAACACUUUAUGGCUUAGACAUCAAGAAAGAAAUAAUGGAUGUAAAAGCAAUAUGGAAACAGAUUAUAUGGAACAAAAAGUUUAUGCAGAAUUAACAAAUGUUAAUCAAGAUAUGUCUAAAUGUUCUGAAGUUGUUAAUAACAAUAUGUCUAUUAAUUCUGUUAUCAGAGAUAUGGAUGAUGCAAGUAAUUUAAUAGAAUUAGAUCAUACAAAUCAAUCAUCAUCGGCAUACAGAAGUAACAUUUUAAUGAAGCAUUUUAAUAGUAUAAUGGAAAAAGCAAAAACUCAAUAUACAUACGAUCCUCAUACAAUUAACGAAGGUCUAUCUGAAAUGCAUAAUUUCUUUACUCAUCAUAAAGCAAUUAUUCUUAUGAAAAGUCAUGAAGCAAUGAAAAAUCAAAUUUCAACAAAAAAUGAAAAUACUAUUGAGAAUAAUGAAAAUAAUUUUAGUCGCUCUUCUGCUCAUGUUGAGGAGUAUUGUAAUGAUGAAAACUUUCCUGAUACUUAUUGUAAAGAUAUUAGUCAUGACAAUAUACAUCUAAUGGAUCUAGAAAAUUUUGCUUUACAUUUUAAAAAUAGUAGAAUUAGAUAUGGUUUCACACAAGGAGACGUUGGUCAUCAACUAGGACACAUUUUUGGAGGUGAAGUUUCGCAAACUACCAUAUCAAGAUUUGAAGCUUUAAAUUUAUCAUAUAAAAAUAUGAUAAAACAAAAACCAUUUCUAGAAGAAUGGCUUAGGAUUACCCAACAGUUAAUGAUUGAAGGUAAUACUGUGGACGAUAUAAUGAAGAAUAAGCUUCAUUCUAAGUUUUCCAUAGGUGAAAAAGCUGAUGAUAUUAAAAAUUUAGAAGUAAUUCCGUAUUUUGAAGAAAAUAAAAAUGAAAAUUCAAAUAUUAAAAACGAUUUUAAAACUAUUCAAAAUCCAAUUUUAAAGAGGCGUCGUAAGCGUACAAACUUAGAUGUUGCACAAAGAGAAUAUUUAAAUCGUACAUUUAAUGUUGAGCCUAAUCCAGAUCAUAGUAAAAUGGAAGAAAUAGCAUUGGAUCUUGGACUUGAUAAAGAAAUUGUUAGAGUUUGGUUUUGUAAUAAACGUCAAAAGAUGAGGAAAUUUUCGUUAGUAAAUGGCGUUGUGUUAUCAAACAGAUUAUUUUAA